GUAUAGAUUAACGAAGCUGUACGUAUGAAUGCACAGUGCAAACGCUAUCACCAAGGUCAGCCGCAGGUGACCCCGCAGAGCCCUAAAAAACGGCCCCGCAGUCCUGUAAUCCAAAAUUUCUCCCAAACUUGUCUUGAGCUGUUCGAGCCCAACCAAAACACCUAUCUGUGUACAGUCCGGUCAGAAUGUCACCAAAGCUCCACGUCACUCUUACAACUACCCUUACCCUCGUGGAGCAAUUCCACUUGACCUUGUCGUCACCCUCUGGAGAUUCAACCUCCGCAGAACUCUCAAGCAGAGAUGCACUUCCCCUCCUCUCGGCAUCGUCGACAGCUCUUAAGUCACAAGUCACCAAGCUUUCGCUUUUAGCCAUCACCUCUCCAUUUACGCCCUCCGCCGUCGGCUCGAUCCUCUCUAACCUGAACGAAUCAGUGCUCCCAUCCUUUGUGACAGCAGCUCUACUCAUUACACCGACCGAUCACACCAAAGCAUUUCAGGCCGAGGCUCUAUCACUAACGAAGACGGGGCUGAACGAACUGUCAUCGCUUGUGAAAGAAGUUCAGUCAAUCGCAGAGAGAAAUGAUGAAGUACAGGAUCGCAUGAAGAAGAAGGGAAUCGAACUGUCACAGUCUGAGAAAGACCUCGUUACGGUAGCUACAGGACGGGUCUGGGGUGCUUGCGAUGCCUUGAUUGACCUCGCUUCAAAUGGCGUUGUUGGGUUUGUAAUACGGCGUGUGGAAGAAUGGAGAGAUCUGGUGCGAGAUGCAGUGGAAGAGAUUGACGAAUGGGAUCCUGAUGAAGAAGGGGACGAGUUUUUCGACGAGCUUCUGAGCGACGACGGGAAACAGAGUAUUGGAAAAGGUGGCGAAGCCGAAUUAGCCGAGGACGAUGGCGAAGACAACGCUGUGCUUCAUGAGUUGAAAGGGACUGCUAUUCGGCUGCUCAAACCAGUUGUCCAGAUUUACCCCGCAAUCAUCACGAAUCGCCUGAAGAAGGUUCCUGAAUUCUUGCCUUCCCUUGUUAACCAGCUGGAAUCCCUUAUGACCAACCUCCACCGUAUUCCGGAGCAAGUUGACGAGGUAGCGGGGGCACUAUAUGAAGCGGAUCUAGAACGGUCUAUUCAGUACUUGGAAAGAACAAAGGACUGCGCUGUUGAAGCAGUCAAGUUAGUGGUUUUGCCUUGGACUGAACAGAGUGUGGCCAACAGCCAGCAAAAAGCCGAGGAUAGAUUUACUGACUGGUCGAAGACAUGGCUGAAAGUGAUGGAUGGGGUAAGUAAACCUCUUGAUGACAUCAAGGAAGCGAAGUCACAGUGAAUAUUCUUCUCUUUAGAAAGCCUGAACAUGCAAACUAUCAUGUAAUCUAUUGUUCAACAUGUCUGGCGGCGUGUAUCAUGUUUCGAUUUUUAACGUUGUACUUAUAUCGCGCGAAGAAUGCCCUCAGUGGCUAUUC